AUGGCCUCCAUCUCAAAUCAAUCCAAGGAGAUGCGUGAGAGACACCGCCGCAUGUUGUGCGAACUGCUGCGGCUGGAGGAGAACCAGGAAUGCAUGGACUGCCAGGCGCGGAACCCGAUGUGGGCCAGCACCAACUUGGGCAUUUUUAUUUGCCUGCGUUGUAGCGGACUGCAUCGACAGCUCGGUGUUCACGUGAGCAAAGUGAAGAGCUGCACUAUGGACUUGUGGGAGCCGGAGCAGGUUGCCUUCAUGCGUGCAAUGGGCAAUGGCAAGGCUAA